UCUGGUCAUUAUCUCUUCACACAUGCACACACAUACACGUACAUGUUUUUUAUCAUUCAAACUUAUACGUGGAACCUCCAAAGUGGAACGCUCCAAAUUUGAAUGUUAACCAGACAUUUCUGCGAAAAUUGAAUAUGAUGAAUCAUAUCAAUGGCAUACUAAAAGCAAAUUAAUGGAAAACUUAAUUGCUAAUGACUAAAAUGGAAAGGGGCUGAAGUUGGCCCCUCAAAAAUUUUUGCUGAUCAUUAUAUUAAUUCAGGUCGUCCCCGUUACGAUGUACUCGACUUAGGCAAUUUCGACUUUACGACGCAGGAGUCACGGUCGCCGUUUUGUCUCCAGUCUUUUUAAAGCUGCAUUACUGCUCACAAAACUGACUCUAGACAAGCUGGCAACAGAACAUAAAACACAUACAGGUAGUCCCCGGGUUACGAUGUAUUUGACUUACACGAUUUUGACUUAAUGAUGCCGAAGUCUCGUCUGCCAUUUAGUCUCCAGUCGUUAAUUUUAUUCAUUUUUUUGGUGUUCAAACUUUCAUCUAGUCUGAUCAAUAUAUAAAUUUAGUAGAUUAAAUUUGCCUAAUUUGACGAACAAAAGUCCACCAUCUUAAAUGCUACGAAUGCUGACCUAUUUACUGUACAAUUCUCAUAGCAAAUCGCUCACACAUAACUCCACAUGUUGUAACUCUAAACUUAAUUACAAAUGCAUACACAAACAUAUAUUAGCUAAAACAACUUACAGCCUGAUGUGGGCCAAACCAGAGCGCAGCUAUCCUUUAUCCAUGUCAGUCAUCUGAGUCUGCAUACAAGGUGACAGUCCAGCCAGACCCAACACUGCCACCAGGGGCCGUGUAUCCUCCAUCAUUGAACAAAAUACAAUACUUUUUUACUUUUGGAUAGUUAUUUUGAGAUUUAGGGGUAAUUAAUGGGUUAGUUCCGACUUAAGCGGAAAUUCGGGUUCUGUCGCCAGCGUAGGAACGGAACCUGUUCUUAACCCGGGGACUAUCUGUAAUUUUAUUUUAGUUUUGAAUUUGGGUGGAAAAGGUCGAAUCUAUAGGACUACUAAUCAUGUCUCAUAGACUUUUUUUUUUUUGAAGACAAUCUUUACAAUUGUACUUUGGAUACCCCGAUACUGUGAGUAAUCGCAAAAAGCACCGACUUAAUAAUGCAAAUACAUUGUGCCGUGACAAUAAUUUUAUAAUAGCUAUUCUUCACAAAACAAAAACACAAAAAAAUGUCUUACAGUAAUCCCUCGUUACUUAGCGGCUCAACCUUCGCACCCGCAGUGCAUCACGGAAAAAUAUUCAUCAUUUCCGCGUGCCAGAAAAUAUGGCACGCGGAAGGCAGAGAGAGCCCGCACGACUCAAAAUCACUCUUUCUGAUUCGUUGGCCAGCAUCCACCCCUAUGAGAUCCUUCUCGACUAGGGAGUCUCGCAUGCUGAUUGGUCGAGACAUUUCGCCCAGCUUCUCACCUAUACAGAGGCACUUUUUCCCUCCUGACAACAUUGACAGAUUAUGCCCUAUUUGUAUAAAAAGAUGAAAUCAAUCAUCUUUGACUCUUUACAAAACAAAAACUGUGGUUUCACCCAUAAGAGAUUGGCGUUAUGAAAUUGACUGAGUUCACCUUUGAAGGUUCCUCUAUAUACCUCUGGCACGUUAGUUCAGAACUCGUUCGUAUCAUGUUGCAUUUGUCGCCGCAACACAUGUAAUCUUAGCCGUUCAUAGGCGCCGUAUGACCAUUGCUCACCUUUGCGAUCCUCCCUUGGUGGCCUCUGUCACGCCCUUGGGCCCUGAACUCAAUCCGGCCCCACUGCCAAAUCCAAACAAGCCACUAUGACUUAGACUAGUCAUGACCUUUGACAAUGGCCUUGGUGAGCAGCACACGUUGAACUGUCUGCGGCAGCGCGGGACCCGAAAAAGGCGUCAUGGGAUGGAUUGGGAAAGUAUACGGGAUUGUACCCCGCCAUUGGUACGAUCGGCUCCAAUACCAAGAAUUUGCUCUCUCUAAUCCACCGAAUGAUCGAGUUUGUGGUGCGUGAAGGCCCCAUGUUUGAAGCUAUGAUAAUGAACAGGGAAAUAAACAACCCCAUGUACAGGUUUCUGUUUGAGAACCAGAGUCCAGCGCAUGUUUACUAUAGGUGGAAGCUCUACACAAUACUGCAGGGUGAAGCACCAGUUAAAUGGCGGACAGACGACUUUCGAAUGUUUAAAAACGGGUCGCUUUGGCGCCCGCCGCCACUCAAUCCAUACCUCCACGGUCCGUACGAUGACGGUGAUGAUGAGGAGGAAGAUGAGGACUCGCUCAAGAAAGGCAGCUUAAAAGAAGAUGAACGAGACAAGCUAGAGGAGAUGCUCCGCGGCUUGACGCCAAGGAGGGGCGACGUCGCUGAGGCCAUGUUGUUUUGUCUCACUCACGCCGAGGCUGCCGAGGAAAUCGUGGAAUGUGUCACGGAAUCUCUUUCAAUCCUCAAGACCCCUCUCCCCAAGAAGAUUGCACGGUUAUAUCUCGUGUCAGACGUACUAUACAACUCCUCUGCCAAAGUAGCCAAUGCUUCCUACUACAGAAAAUAUUUUGAAGUAAAACUCGGCCAGAUUUUUGCAGACCUUAACGCCACGUACAAAACCAUCCAAGGUCACCUUCAGAGUGAAAAUUUUAAGCAACGUGUGAUGUCCUGCUUCCGAGCGUGGGAGGACUGGGCCGUGUAUCCUGACCCCUUCCUAAUCAGAUUGCAGAACAUAUUUCUAGGUCUCGUGAACCUGGCACCCGAAAAGGAACCUGUAGGAGUACCUGUAGAGCCCGAGCCAACGGAGGACAUCGACGGCGCGCCAAUAGGGGAGUACGUAGACGGCUCGCCGAUCGAAGACAUGGAUGGGUUGCCAAUUGACGGGGGGCCCAUCGAUGGGAACGUAAUCGACGGAGCCCCCCUGGACGACCUGGACGGCGUUCCCAUUAGGACCAUGGAGGAGGAUAUCGACGGGGUACCUUUCGACCAAUCAAAGGAGGUCACUUUCAAGGUGGCGCCUUCAAAAUGGGAAGCGGUGGACGAGUCUGAGCUGGAGUCUCAAGCUGUAACCACCUCAAAAUGGGAAGCAUUUGAUCAACCCGAAGAGCCAAAAAGGCUUGUGCAUGCUCGAAGGUAUGCGGAGAACAGUGAUGACGAGAAGAGCCCCCGUUCGGCGACUGCCACUCCAAGUUAUUCUAAUCCCAUCAGGGAUGACGCGGACCUGAAGGCCAAACUGUCCGAAAUGAACGAGGAGAAGCGAACCAAGCUACGAGAGAUCGAGGUGAAAGUCAUGAAGUUCCAAGACGAGCUGGAAUCGGGAAAAAGGCCCAAGAAGCCUGGGCAGAGCUUUCAGGAGCAGGUGGAACAUUAUAGAGACAAACUAUUGCAGAAGGAGAAAGAAAAGGAGAAAUUGGAGCGGGAGAAAGAGCGAGAGAAGAAGGACAAGGAGAAAUCGGAUGCAAGGCUAAAAGACUUGAAGAAGGAAAAGGAAGACACGCCGACCAGGAAAGACAAGUACUCUUCCCCGGCUGCGGAAAGGAAGCGGCGACACAGCAACUCUCCCAGCCCCACCCGUGGCAGUGGCAGCAGUAGCAGACGGGGCCGCUCACCGUCCCCUCGCUCAGAGAGGUCCGAGCGCUCAUUCUCAAAGGACACGUCGUCGCGCUCAUCCCACAAGGACUCGCCCCGAUCCGUGGUCAAAAAGACUUCAAAAAGAUCGCCGUCAUCACCUCGCACACCCAAGCGGUCACGACGGUCGCGCUCCCGUACUCCCAAAAAGUCGUCCAAGAAAUCCCGUUCCAAGUCUAGGUCCCCGCAUAGCCGGUCUCACAAAAAAUCCAAAAAGAGCAAACACUGACGCCGAAGACUACCUUUGAAAGCACCACCAACGCCGCCACGUCACAUUGUAGUGUAACGGAGCUGAUGGGGCUGUUGUAAUAUAAAGACAAUGAAGUGUGCAUGGGCAGGCUGGGGUCUCAUUGCUGUUUUAUAUUGUACAAAAAUGUGCUUGUUUGUGUGUCCCCUUAAACACCUCCCAGUGGAAUUGAUAGAGUGAUGACAAUAGUCUGCCUUUCAUUCAUGCUGUCAUUUUCUGUUUUUGUAGUCCUCAUUGAAAAUAAUUCCUAAUAAAAGUUUCAUUUCUAA